CGGCAUAAGUAAAGGCCGUGGCCCCAUUGAAUUCUACAAGUUUGGUUCGCGCUCGGAAAAUCACAUCUGGUAGCAAUUGCUUGAAAAAGGAGCCCAGUUCUAGCUGGAUCCUUCGAGGGCUUCGAACGAAAGAUUGCUAAGGAGCAGGAUUUUCGUUCGGAGCCCCACAAGAACCGCACUAUCACCACACUCUUUACUUAAUAAGGGAAGUAAUGAACCCCUUAAUUAAAGAAGAGGAGGAAUGUGACGAUAAUAGCCGAGGUUCGUACGAUCGUGCCGAAAUACGAGUAUAGGGUGAGAAUUGCAUCUGCAAUAGUGAAGCAUUCAAACCUGAGAACCAACUUCAAAACCAAACCCCUAUCAGAAAUUAUCACUUUGCAAUAUGUCGAACGGAGACUCACAGCUCGUACGAAUGUCCGAACAAGAUCGCCUUAUGCUACAGCAGACAGUUGAGCAGAUUACCAACACUCGGAUCCAUGAUAUGAGUACCCAAACUGCUCAAAUGCUUCAGUCCUUUGAAGAGAGACUGAACGCCCAGUUUGCUAGAAUGGAGGAGCGACUCUUAAAUAUCCGUUCGGAAGCACUUGAGUCGUCACUGAACGAAACACCGUCAGGGGCUAUUCCUACAGAGGUCCCCCUACCAACAACGCCAUUGUUCGAGCCACAGCCUACAUACAACACCCAGCCUAUGUUCGGGACCCAGCCUACGUUCGGAGGACAUCCUUCGUUCGGAAUACUGCCAUCGCAACAGCUGGUAAAGGCUCAGCUACCUUUGAAAGAGCCCCGCAAGUAUAGUGGCGAACGAAAGAACGGAGCCUGCGAACAAUGGUGCAUGGAUAUGCUUAGCUUUCUUACUCGCUUUGAGAAGCUUACUCGAACGAAUGUUGAGCCCCUUCAAGCUGUUGAGUAUAUUACACAAUACUUUGAAGGUGCAGCGUUGACAUGGUGGACGAAUUUUCAAUUCCAAAUCGAACGAAGGCUUACAAGCCGACAAGCUCCUAUAAAUGCACAGCAGCUUUGCAAUGAGCUACAGCAAGCCUUUGGUGAUAUCCAUUCGAUUGAAAGGCGUCGAGAGAAGUACGAAGCUAUGAAGCAGACGAAGUCCGCGAAUUCCUUGAAGCACCAGGUCCUCUUCCUUGAUCUGACUCCUACAGAAUAUGAGAUUCUCCGGAGGUUCCAGACAGGCCUUCGAACGGAUAUACGUGCGAAGAUGGAAGAGAACCAUGGGGAUAUCCGAGACCUAGACUCCUACAUCAAUAAAGCUGACGACGUCGAUCGAGCUCUAUUUAGAGUAAAACAGCUACAGAAGUCUUCGAACGAAUCCCAAGGGCAGAACUACGGAAUGGGAUCUAAUAUGCCAAGUGCAAAGAAUGACCCUGCUGGAUUUAAGACAUGGUGUCGAGAGAACAAGGCUUGCUUUAAUUGCAGCAAUAAAGAGCAUAUCUCACGGAACUGUACCCGAACGAAGGAUUCAGGACGAAAAGGGGACCUUCAAGGCCAGCUAGGUGAUGCGCUACAGGAGGCCUCAAGCCCGUACGAAUAUCCAACGACGGAGAACGAUGAGCAACAGGAUAAUAGCGAAGCUGCUUCGAGCGAAUGCCUUGGUUCCUUAAAUUCGAUCGGAAGUAGCACGAUGGUUGUGAGUGGAGAGACCCUACAGGGCCAGCCUCAGACCUUGAAAAUGCUUCUCGAUUGCGGAGCAGACUGAGUGUAUGUUGCACGAAGGGUUGCGAUAAAGAUAGGGGAAAUAAAACAAGGGCAGACCACAAGAGUCGACCUACCAGACGGAGG